ACUGAUGCGAAAAUGGUAUUGGAUGUAAUUCAAAGGAUGGAAGAUACUGAACCAUUUUCGGAAGAAUUGCUGACUGCUAUGAAGAGACUGUGGGCCGAUCCUGGCGUGCAAAUGUGCUUUUCUCGGUCAAAUGAAUAUCAGCUCAACGAUUCUGCUAAAUAUUUUCUGGACGAUCUGGAUAGGUUAGGGUCCAAAGAUUACCAGCCUACAGAACAGGAUAUAUUGCGUACCAGAGUAAAAACCACUGGUAUUGUAGAAGUGCAUUUUUCAUUUAAAAACCUUAAUUUCAAAUUGUUUGACGUUGGUGGUCAGCGAUCAGAAAGGAAAAAAUGGAUUCAUUGCUUUGAAGAUGUCACGGCGAUCAUAUUUUGUGUUGCCAUGUCAGAGUACGAUCAAGUGCUCCACGAAGAUGAAACAACGAACCGGAUGCAAGAGAGUUUAAAGCUUUUUGAUUCAAUCUGCAACAAUAAAUGGUUCACUGACACGUCUAUUAUAUUGUUCCUGAACAAAAAGGACUUGUUCGAAGAGAAAAUCAAGAAAUCGCCGCUCACAAUAUGUUUCCCGGAAUACGCAGGUGCCCAGGAGUACGGAGAAGCAGCAGCCUAUAUCCAGGCGCAGUUCGAGGCAAAAAACAAAUCGACCACCAAAGAAAUUUACUGUCACAUGACGUGUGCGACGGAUACCAAUAACAUACAGUUCGUGUUCGACGCUGUCACAGACGUCAUCAUCGCCAACAACUUAAGAGGAUGCGGACUGUAUUAGAUCACACCAUGGCGCCGUACAAGCAGUUUACACACGUUAAAGGUCCGUCAACCGGUUAUUAUGGU